GAAGGGCGUCAAGAAGCUCGAGCCGGGCUCCUGUUUAGUGGUAGCUGCAGAUGGUCAGCUGGAUGUGCAGUCAUACUGGACGCUGCACCCUCCUUCCGUGGGAAGUCUGAGCGAGGAGGAAUGGGUUGAGAGGAUGCGAGCCGUCUGCACGGAGGCGAUCCGGCAGCAGCUGACAGCCUCCGACGUGUCUGUGGGCGUGCUUCUGUCUGGUGGACUGGACUCGUCACUCAUCGUGGCGCUUCUGUCAGAGGUGUGCGAAGCACGAUUGAAGACAUUUUCAAUCGGCUUCGAAGAUACGCCGGAAGAGUGUGGGCAGGAGUUCCAGUUUUCCGACAUGGUGGCAGAGCAGUACAACACACAGCAUGAGAAGAUCUGCAUUCCCAACGCAGAGGUACUAAGACGGCUUCCGGACGUCGUGAGGGCCAUGUCUGAGCCCAUGGUCGGACAGGAUGCCGUCUCCUUCUACCUUCUUGCGGAGAAGGUGCGGGAGAAGGUGAAAGUCGUCCUGUCGGGCCAAGGGGCCGAUGAGGUGUUUGCGGGCUACGAUUGGUAUCCCGCCAUGUCCAAAGCAGGCGGGCAAAUGAACGGAAAACACCAGUGCCCCGAGGAGGCGCUCAACGCUUUCGCUCCGCACUAUUUCGAUCGCAGCCACCAGGAGUGGCUGGAAUUGGUCGACCCGAGGCACCAUGUACAAGACGUGACCUCCCAGUACAUCUCCAAGCGGCUGACGGAGGGGAGUGCGAAAACUUUCCUUGGGCAGGUGCUCUCACUGGAUGUGACCACGCUGGCGGUCGACGACCCGGUGAAGCGUGUGGACAACAUGACAAUGAGUUGGGGACUAGAGGCGCGGGUCCCGUACUUGGACCACAAACUCGUUGAGGAGGCCAUGGCCGCGCCCGAUGAGUUAAAGCUGCGAAGCGGCGGAAAGUACCUCCUCAAGGCACUGGCGCGUGGCCGGUUGCCGGAAGCCAUUAUCCACAG